AAGAACUCCCUGCAAGCGCAACGUGAAGAUCGAUAUACCGAUGUAUUGACAUUUCCGUUCCGUUGAGAAGUUUUACAGUGUGUUCAACAUUUUUCAUGCGGUUUGUUCACGCAGCGAGCUGGGGCGUUCUGCCGUCAAUAAAUUAAAAAUUCACCCUGGGCCUUUUGUGUACUACAAAGGAUUUGUAACCUUUGCGCAAUUAGAAACAAUCUGAAAAAGCCGUUUUUGACCGGAAAUGGACAAUAUCACCGACUGGCCCACUGUCUAUCCGCAUCAGCAUUUCAACCACUUCCAGGAUGCGGAUGACAUAGAGAAGGCGGUUAAGGGACGAGGUUGCGACGAACAAGCGGUGAUUAACAUUCUUUGCAACCGUACAUUUAAUCAGCGACAAGCAAUAGCUCAGGCGUAUGAACAGCGCUUCCGCAAGGAUCUUAUUAGUGUUUUGAAAUCGGAAACAUCCGGCGAUUUCGAGGACGUGAUUGUGACACUGAUGCAGUCACCGGCUCUAAACGAUGCCAUUAUGCUGCGUGAUGCGUUCAAGAAUAAAGACCAUGGCUUGCUGAACAUGAUCGCCUUCACGCGCAACCACAGUCAAAUACGCGAACUGUUGGAAGUCUAUGGUUCCAAAUUCAACAAGGACCCUUUGGAGGAGCUGAAAAAGGUUACGAAAGGUCAACUAUACGAACAGUUAUUGAGAAACUGCUUUAUGCAAGAACGCGAUCGGGAAAGUGCGUCUCGCGGUGACCAGAGCGUGUUGGACGACGCACGGGCUCUGUUCGGAUCCAAAGUAGACUCGCCCACCUAUACCGGCAUCUUCGCAACGCGCAGCUUUACGCAUCUGCGCAAGGUCUUCCAUCGUUUCCAAAUUAUCGCCAAAAAGUCCAUCGAGCAACAUGUUACCGAUGCAAUGAAAGGCGACGAUGAAAAAGGGUUUUUAGCAUUCAUCAAGGCGGCAAGGAAAAGGGCGGAGUUUUUCAGCGACCAGCUGGUGGCGGCUACGAAAGGACUGGGUACGGACGAGAAGAAACUGAAUUUCGUCAUCGUGUCCCGCUCUGAGAUUGAUCUGGGACGCAUUGCCGAUGAAUAUCAGCGUCUGCAUAAGCAAUCACUGGAAAAGUUAAUCGAGUCCGAAACAUCUGGAAACUACAAGAAAGCAUUGCUGGCUUUGGCUCGCGGUAACGCCAUCAAGAUUCCAAAGCAUUUCCCAUGAGUUUCCAUUUCCCAUUUGACCUCCAACAAUUCACAGAAAGCUGUGCCAUUCCUGAAACAAACGACGUACUAAAAUUAUGUGCAUUUAUUUGGAUUAUUCUAUUAAUUUUGCGAAACACUUGAAACACAGCUGGUUGUGGAACAUGUUUCCAUACGUAACAUAGAUAUCGUAGUCUAGCGGCAUGGAAUCGGUAAAAAUUAAACUUAAGUACUGUUCAUGAUCAGUCAAUAUUUUAAAAAUAACGUUCUUUGCUAUUUUCUCACGGAAAUGUUUGAUUUUUUUCCUUUUGAUCAGCAGUCCGGUAUUAAAAGCCUCUG